AUGCUCUUCUGUAUUGCUUCAGUUCUACCUCGUACUGCCCAACAGACUCUUGCCCGAUUGCAUCAGACUAAAAUUCAAAUCAUUAAUUCCCCAUUUGAUCUAAACCAAAAAGUAGGAGAAAUGCCGGGAUGGAGUACUUCAGUAGCCGUACGGUUAGAUAGUCCUAAACAAUGGGAUCUAUUCCGUAAGUGGCCAUUCAGUCUUUUGGUUAUUGUUCAUCCUAUCUUACAACCUAGUGAUUUAACAGAUACUUACUUGGCACAGGCUAACCAGUUCAACCAAGAACUAGCUGAGAUAAGAGAGAAGACCUUUAUUCAUCGGAUUAACUCAGUGGAAAUCUUAGAAACUGGGGCUUUAGAUCCAAUUCUGCAAAGACAUUCACGGCCGACCUGGCAGCAGUACUUUAUGGGGAUUGCCCAUAUGGCCUCUACCCGGGCCAACUGCAUGAAGCGUAAAGUAGGAGCAGUUAUAGUCCGAGAUAAUAGGGUGGUUGGUAUUGGGUAUAAUGGGACUUCAACUGGAUCAUUGAACUGUUCGGAUGGUGGUUGUGCUCGGUGUAAUGGUAAUGCCCGCCAAGGCGAGCAGUUAGAAGACUGCUUCUGCAUUCAUGCUGAGGAGAGUGCUUUCUUAGAAGCUGAGUCUAGUAAGUGUCAUGGCUCUGAGUUAUACACGACUGUCUUUCCCUGUCGGUUAUGUUCCCGUAAGAUUGCUCAACUUCGGAUUAAGAAGAUAUACUAUGUCCAUGAGUAUAACAAAGAUCCUCUUGUUUUAGCUAUCUUUAAAAACAACAAUAUAGCGAUAGAAAGAUUGCCAGAAUAA